AUGGUGAGUCUUAUAAACAUCCAACCAAUGAGCAGGGAGAUAGCGGAAUGGCUUAUUCAAAGGGAAGAAAUAUUGGAUGGAAGUAUUUAUGGAAUAGUUGGAAAACGUUUGGUUAAAGCUGCUCAAAAAUUUGGCAAUCUGAACCAUCAAGAAAAGAAAUGGAUAUUGCAGAAAUGCUUGAAGCUAUCCUUUCGUGGUAUAUUCAUGCAACGAUCAGGCUUAGAUCAAAAAAUUCUCAAGAGUCUAUUGAAAUUACAGAGGGAACUCGAUAUUACAGCAGAUCAGCAAUUUAUGUGGUUGUGCUUGUUGCCAAAUGCUUUCAAAGAGAAAUGGCUUUUGCUUGCUUCAGUAAUACCUGCGUUGAAACGUGAUGAGGUAUGUAUAAAUUGUGAAAAUAUAUUGAUGUCAGUACUGUGGAGAGCUCAAGCGUUUCAUUCUAGCGGUUCCGUGACAUCUGAUUGUGUACUUGCAUGGUUCAUUAGUGAUAGCAGUGAUCGUCAAAAUUGUGCUCAGUUUUUGGCAAACUGCUUAUUAUCUUCCAAUCGAAUGCGUCGCUUAAAUUGCUCACGGUUUUGGCUGGCGAAAUUAAACAGUAAUAUCAAGUCUAAAUUGAUAAUGAAAGAUGCUGCUGAAGUUAUCAUGCAAAUGAUUUCGGCAGAAAAUCGAUCAUUCGAGCAAUCCAAUGAAGAUUAUUACCUUACUGAAGAGGAAAUGUAUGAUUUGAUAUUCUGGAAUCAAGAAUGCGAAGAAAUGGUUUGGAUGCGUUAUGAUCGUCUUUUAUACGGAUGGAUUUCUAUUCAAAGAUUUUUUAUUCGUGCAUUGGAAAGCAAUGAAAUUAACUUAUUGCACAAAUGUCUGACCUCAUACCAUUCAUUAUUACGUCUGGAUGCACUUGAAUUAUCGAACAAACUGAUGAAUAAAA